AUGGCGUCCGCGGAGGAACUAAAGGCGGAAAACACCCGCCUUCAAGCGGAGAUGCAAUCCAUGAAGAAGAAGAUCGUUCUAGCUCUCAAAAAGCAGCAGGCGGAGCUUCAAUCUAAAGUCCAAGAGGCCGAACGAGCGCGGGACGAGGCUCUAAAGCGAGCUGAAGCCGCGGAAUCAGGAGCUUCUAACGGAGAUGCGUCUAAAGGAGCGGAUCCGGCCGCGCUGCAGCAGCUUCAGGACCAACUGAAUGCGUCUCAGCAGGAACUGAAAAUGCUCAGGGAAGAGUACGUGGUUGCGAGCGAAAAGCUCAAGGCUGCGGAAGACCAGGCCAGAUCAGCGGAAGAGGAGAGAAAGAAAGCCAUGGAGGACGCGAAUGCGGCUCAGAAGAGCCUUCGCGCGACGAAAGAGGAGGUCCAGAUGGUUCGCGAGCAAUGGACGGCCGCACAAGGCGCACUGAUGACCACUCAGGAGGAGCUUAGCGGUCUGCAGGAGCAGCUGCGGAAGGCGCAGGGGGAGGCGCGGGAAGCGCAGGAAGGGCGCGCGGCUGCGCAGCAGGCGCUGGGGGAGCGGGUGAAGGCGGCGGAGGCGGAGAAGCGGAGCGAUCAGGCGGAUCAGCGGCGCGCGCAGGAGGUGGUGGCGCGCGCGGAGCAACAGCUGAAAGCCGCGCAGGCGGAGCGGGAAAAGGCGAUGGAGGCGUUAACUGCUGCGCGGAGAGAGCUGGAGGAGUCUCGGGCAUACGGCGAAAAGUUGGCCGGGCAGCUGAAAGCAAUUCAGGUGGAACUGGAAGCUUCGAAGGAAGAUGGGAGCAAGCUGCAGGCGCUGGUGGCGGACUUGCAGGGGAAGCUUCCUGCGGUGGAGAAGGAGAAGGAAGGGCUGAGAGUGGAUAAGGAGAAGAUGGAAGCGGAGAUUAAAGCGCUAAGGGAUGAGCUCGAGGGUCUGAGACACGGCAAGGAAGCUUCGCUGGAAGAUCUGCGUGCUCAAGUUGAAAGUUCCAGGAAGGAGUUGGGGGAAGUCAAAUCGGAGCUGGAACAGGCGAAGGAGGAGGCUGGAAAGGCUCAGUGUGAGGCGACGAAUAAGGGCGCGCAGGUGGAGGAGCUGCUUCAGGCGCAGGCGGCGCUUCAGGGGGAGGUUGAGAAGGCCAAGGCAGCGGAAGCAGAGGCGCAGGAAGAACUGGGGAAGGUGCGAUGUGAGGCGACGAACAAGGGCGCGCAAGUAGAGGAGUUGCUUCAGGCUCAGGCGGCUCUUCAGGGGGAGCUUGAGCAAGCCAAGGCGGCGGAAGCUGAAGCGCGAGAGGAACUGGGGAAGGUGCGAUGUGAGGCGACGAACAAGGGCGCGCAGGCAGAGGAGUUGCUUCAGGCGCAGGCUUCGCUGACAGGCCAGGUGGAAGAGGCGAAGGCGGCAGCAGCUAAAGCAGCGGCGGCGGCAGCAGAAGCAGAGGCGGCGCUUCAGGCGCAGCUGGCGGAAGCGAAGAAGGAAGCCGCCAGUCUUACGUCCCAGCUCAAAGGCAUGCGAGGGGCCAUGGAUCAUGUGCAGAAGGCUGCUUCAGAGACAGAGGAGAGCAUGCAGAAAGAGCUGGCAGAUCUCGCCGCCAAGUCAGAUUCCCUCAAAGACCAGCUGGCAGCGAUACAAUCUGAGCUGGCAGCCGCGCAGGCUGAGCUGGCAUCGGCCAAAUCCUCGCUGGAAAAGGAGAUUCAUUCGAGAGAGGCUGCGCAGAGAGAAGCAGAGGAGGCUCGAGCGGCUUUGGACUCUUUCCAGGAAAGUGCCGGGAAGGAGCAGCAGCAAGCUGGGGAGCUGUGGCAGCAGCUUCUAGACUCGCGAAAGCAGGUUGCAGCAGAGACGGAUAGGGCUGACGGGAGUGAGAAAGAGGCGGAAGGACUGAAAAAACGAGUGGAGGGGUUGGAGAAGGUGGUUGAGGAGAAGGAGAAGGAAGGGGAGGCUGUGAGGGGGGAGCUGGAGGGAGUGAGGGGGCGAUUAGUGGAGGUGGAAGGGAGGGUGAAGGAGUUGGGGGAGGAAGUUACUGCGAAGGAGGGGGAGGUGGCUGGGCUGAGGGGGGAGUUGGAGGUUGCAUUGAAAGCAGCUGAGGAGGCGAAGGAGGAGGGUGAGAAGGUAAGGAACGAGGCGGAGGAGCUAAAGAAGGAGAUGGAUGCGCUAGUAGAGGCGAAGGAGGCGGAUAUUAAAGCCAAGGAGGAGGAAAUAAGGACUAAGGAGGAGGAGAUUCGGGGGCUUAAGGAGAAGGUAAAGCAGGCAGUAUCGGAGAAGGGAUCAGGAGAGGUGGAGGCUGCUAGGAUGGGCGAAGACAGGAAGGCGUUAGAGGGCCGGGUGGCGGAGCUUCAAGGGGAGCUGGAGAAGGCGAAAGCGGAGGUGGAGAGCGGUAACCAGGAGUUGAAGAGGGUGAAAGGGGAAGCAGAGAAAGCAAAAGGGGAGGCGGAGAGCGUUAAAGGGGAACUCGAGAGGGUGAAAGAGGAGGCAGAGAAGGCGAAAGGGGAGGUGGAAAAGGGUGUGGGUGAAGUGGAGAAGGCGAGAGGCGCGCUUAAGGCAGCAGAGGAGAGGGUGAAGGAGAUGGAGGAGAAGGAGGGAGAGUGGGAGGGGCGGGAGGCUGAGUUGAAGAAGAAACUGGAAGCAGCAGAAGCGGAUUUGGCUGCUGAUAAGGCUGAAGCAGCAGCAGCAGGGGCAGAGGCGGCAGGUGCAGCGGCGGCAGGGGCAGUGGCAGGAGAGGCGCGAGUGGCAGAGCUGGAAGAGGCGUUGAAGGUGGUGAAGAGGGAGAAGGAGCGGUUGGAAGAGGAGUUGGAGGAGGCGUUGGGGAAGGCGAGGGAGGCGGGGAGGAGGAGCGAGCAAGCACAGGCGCAGUUAGAAGCUGAGUUGCAGGGGAUGAGGGAGAAGAGUGAGAAGGAGGGUGCAGAGAGGGCGGAUGGAGAGAAGAGAGUAGUUGAGUUGACUGCUGAACUGGAAGGGGUGAGAGCAAGGGUAGAAGCGGCAGAGCUAGAGGCAGGGAGGAUGAGAGAGGAGGCGGAGAGGGGGAGAGAGCAGCUGACGAUGUCGGGCGGUGCGCAGGCUGAGGAGCUGGCGAAGGUGAAUGCUGAGCUGGCAACGGCGAACGCUGAGCUGGCGCGUGUGUCGGGUGAGCUGGCGCAGGCUGCUGCGGCACGUGUGGCGGCGGAGGAGGCGGCUGCCAGGGUGGCGGGUGCUGCAGGGGAGGCGAUGGGGAAGGCUGAGUCAGCAGAGAGCGAGCUAGCGACAGUGCGCAGCAAGCUGGAGUCGGAGGUGAAGGCAGCGGAGGACAAAUACGCAGAGCUGGACAGCAAAUUCAAUCGCCUGCAGAAGAGGGCAAAGCAAAGGAUCCAAGAGGUCACCAAGGAGAAGGAGGAGGCAGAGAGGAAGCUGGCAGAGGAGAGGAAGCAGCAGGCAGCGCUGCAGGAAGAUCUGGAAAGAGCCAAGGGGGUGGCUGCAGAGGCGCAGCGGACGGCUGAGAAGGACAAGGAGCAGCUGAGGAAGACCAACGGAUCGUUGAAAGAAGAGGUGGACGAGUUGAGGCGAGCCCUAGAGCUGAAGGAGCACAACCUCAAAGAGUCAAGGCGAUUGGCAGCGGGCAAGGAGCAGGCGUGGCUGGAGCUGUCGAGCUCAGCGCAGGAGGAGCGGGAGCGCAUGGCGGGGGCUGUGAAGGAGGUGGAGGAGCGGAUGGAGCGGAUGGGGAAGGAGCAGGAGGCGCGCGCGGCUGAGCUGCAGCGAGAGUUGAAUAAGGCUCUGGAGAGCAGCAGUGCGCUGCAGGUCCAGCUGUCGCAGAAGGAGCGCCAGCUGGCAGAGGUGGAGGCCGCCACGUCAGGCGAGCUGGCGCGGCUGUCGGCCACUCUGGAGGCGACACGUGGCGAGCUGCACCGGCUGGAGCAGAAGCUGGCGGAGGAGCGGAGCGGGUGGGAGGAGACGGUGGGGCAGCUGAAGAGGCGGGUUGAGGGGAUGGAGAGGGGGAAGCGCAUGCUGGAGGUGGCGAUGCAGGAGGCGAAGGGGGCGUGGCAGCAGGAGGUGGAGGGGCAGAAGAAGGCUGUUGCUGCUGCCCUGGCGGAUUUAGCUGCUGCACAGGCAGAGGUGGCGAAGGGGCGUAAUGAGCUGGCGGCAUACAAGGUGCGGGCGGCAGCGAUGCUGAAGAAGAAGCAGGAGGAGCUGGAGGCGGUGGGGAACGCGGAUGCCAUGGCGAGCAAAGAGGAUGAAAUCAAGGAGGCGAAGAGGGGAGAGGCAGCAGCAGUGGCGGAGAGGGACAGAGCUCUCAAGGCUUUGGAGGAUGCUGCAGUGGACCAUGAGACGCAGAUGGCAGCUCGAAACGUGGCAUUGAUGGAAGCGGAAACGAAGAUACGGGAGCUGACGGGCAGGCUGGAGGCGGUGAGGCAGCAGAGCCGGGCGGCACAGGAGGAGAUGCACGGGCGGAUGAUGGACCUGGAGGACGGGUGGCGCGCAGAGAAGCUGCGGCAGCAGGAGGAGAAGCUGAAAGGGCAGACGGGCACAGAGAAGCUGCGGCAGCAGGAGGAGAAGCUAAAGGGGCAGACGGACAGCCAGACAGCCUCCCUAGAAAGUGAACUGAGGAGGAGAGUGGAGGCGGGGGAGAGGGAGCACGCAGCGUACCGAGAGAUGGCGGAUCGAACCAUCGAGGCCAAGGACAAGGCGAUCGAGGGGAAGGACAAGGCGAUUGCGCGGCUCUCUGCUGAAGCGGCACGCCUGCAGGAGGCUCUGAUUGCCGCCCAGUCUGGUGCUGCUGGUGGUGGCGCUGGUGCUGGUGGUGCUGGUGGUGGUGGUGGUGGUGGUGCUGGUGGUGUUGGUGGUGUUGGUGGUGAGGGUAUUGGUGCUGUCAAUGCUGCUGGUGGGGAGGAUGGGUUGAAGCUUGCGGGACUGGGUGCUGCUGGGAUGGAUGGAGCGGCCAGCCCCAGGAAGCCAGCGCUCAUCUCGCCCCGUUCUCGAAUGUCAGACCCGGGUUUCGGCAAAUCAGGCGCAUCCGGACUGCCUCUCUCCCUCGAGGGUAUGGGGUUGGCCGACAACCCAGCAGAGAAGGCUGCAAUUGCAGAGCAACACAUCCUGUUCCUUGCUCGGCAGCAGGCGCAGAGGGAGGAGGAGGUAGCACAGUGUAGAAGGCACAUUCAGGCACUGCAGGAGGAGAUCACAGACCUGCAGAGGGAGAAUCAACUGAGAGCCAAGCAGGUGGGUGCCCUGUUGCAUUCAGGAAUCCGUCUUGAAGGAGGAGCUUAG